ACCGCGAGCGCGACUCCCGCUCCGUUGCACGCUCGCCCUGUGCGCGCACCGCUGGCGGACGUACCUUACCUAUGACACGUUAUAGUGAUGAACUAUUCUAUGAAAUUAAAUAGGACUUUAAACCGGCUUGGCUGUUUACUUUGAAUGGACACAAACUCGUUAAAGCUGACCGGACAACAACGGCAAUUGAACAAAAUGUUUUAUGCGUACGUAAUUGAGAACUGACGGAGUCAGCGGUGUGUGCGUGAGCGCCGAGAGCGACGCCCGCGUCCGCCGAAACGGAGGCGGAAUAUUUAGGUGAAAGUGUUUCGAAUUUCGACAUGACGACAUUCGCGCGCAGUCGUUAUCGUGAUUUUGCCGAAUCGAGAGGUUCGGAGAGUGCGCAGACUACCCGCGACGAGACUGCGAUCCGCGCCCGCGCAACCCUAAAGUGUUCGCUCCGCAGGAAGUGCUUCGGACUCUGCAUGCUGAACGUGUCUAGUGCUUGCGUUGAAAAACUAUGCUGAGAGUUGGUGUGUCCAAAAAUUUUCGGAGACGUAAAUUAAAAAGGUGAUCGGUGAAUUCGGAACAAGUUGGUUCUUCGUGUGAUGUGCGUGUUGAAGCGCUAAGCAAGCUGUCGGCGGGCGACAAGCUGGGGCCCGACGAGGCGUUGGACGCCUCUACUCACGCGCACCAACUGCAGACGAUGACCUCCACCAUGGGAAUAAUGACCCUCAGCCGCGGCCCGUGUGACCUCGACAACAUGAGUCUGUUCCAAGACCUCAAACUUAAGAGGCGGAAAGUUGACUCCCGAUGUAGCAGUGAUGGCGAGUCGGCCGCAGAUACCAGCACGUCGUCGCCGGACCCCGGCCCGCCGUCGCCGCGCAUGGCCGAGGCGGGCUGCAGCACGCCGCCGCAUCCGCCGCCCGUGUUUGAUGGCGGCGGCUCUCCGACACCAUCGCCUGCUUGCCAUCCCACCGUAAUCCGCUCUGCGCCACCCUACUCUGUCAUCAAGUUCGAGAGCAGCCCGGCUUCUGUUAAGGCAGAAUGCUCACCUGCCAGCAACAAACCUGAUGCGACGCCACCCCAGCUAUCUUCUGUAAAGCUUGAAAACACACCGGAACCUCAACCAUAUAGACCACGUGCGCUGGCUCCACCGCCACCUGGUUCACACACAUCGCUAUCGCCUGGACCCUGGCCUCCAGCUGCCUGCAUCAACGGUGUUAAGCCGGAGCUGAUAGGCGGACAUUUCCCACCUCAACCUCUAGAACCUAAACCUGGUGCACGAGGGUCAACACAAUGGCGAGGUACCCCCGCUGUAAUCAUGGGCGAGUCAGGUGGAGUCCGGACAAUGUUCUGGACACUGCCAGCACCCACAUCUAGUGGAGAGCCAGCAGCAAGCGCGUCGCAUACGCCUACACCACCGACUCCUGACCCAGCUACGUGUAGUGAAGAAUCGGCAGCGCGGCUAUUGCUCAAUCUGGGCGGUGAGCUGAGGCGGCCGCGUGGGCCUCCAUUAAAUAUGGAACUACUUUGGGCAGGAGAUGUAUCUCAGCUGCCCGCGCAUCAGCAGCUUACUGCCUUGAAUUUGAGUGCUGCGGCCGGGAGUGUCGCGGGUGCAUCACAGGUGGCAGGAGCCAGCGCGCUAGCACUACCCAGACCAGAGCUUCGAGCUUAUGCCCCUGAAGCGGAACGUGAUGAAGAUGAACAACCCAUGAUUUGCAUGAUUUGUGAAGACAAAGCAACGGGGCUUCAUUAUGGCAUUAUUACAUGUGAGGGCUGCAAAGGUUUCUUCAAACGAACAGUGCAGAAUCGACGAGUUUAUACGUGCGUCGCUGAUGGUGGUUGUGAAAUCACAAAAGCACAAAGGAAUAGAUGCCAAUAUUGCCGAUUUAAAAAGUGUAUCGAACAAGGAAUGGUAUUGCAAGCGGUACGGGAAGAUAGGAUGCCAGGUGGUAGAAAUAGUGGUGCCGUCUAUAACCUUUAUAAAGUAAAAUAUAAGAAACACAAUAAAAAAGCGAAGGCAGCGACGACAACAAGUCGAGCAUCACCACCAGAGAAGCCCAAAGACCCUUUACCGCCUAUCCCAUCUCACCUCGUUAAUGGUACCAUCCUUAAGACUGCUCUAACUAACCCCAGCGAGGUUGUCCAUUUAAGAGCACGGUUAGAAAGCGCCGUAUCAUCAUCACGAGAUCGUGCCGUACCCCUGGAAAGGGCGUUACACAUGAUCCGAGCGUUGAUCGAUUGCGAUGCCAUGGAAGACAUUGCUACGGUGCGACAUCUACCAGAUUUGCUCCACGACACCUCAGAAAUCGGUGACAAACUAUGUAAGAUCGGAGACUCGAUCGUACACAAAAUGGUCGCUUGGACAAAAAAAUUACCAUUUAUAAUGGAAAUACCAAUGGAAAUACAUUCCAAGCUGUUGAUGGAAAAAUGGCAUGAGAUCUCAGUACUGACGACGGCGGCGUACCAGGCGAUGCACGGGAAGCAUGCCCACGCGCCACCCUCAUCGGACCACGAACAAGACUUUAUGCAAGAGGUGAAUGCUAACCUCAGGACGCUGCAGAACUGCUUGACGUCACUGAUGGGUCGCCCCAUCACGUUGGAACAGCUGCGGCUGGACGUAGGCCUGGUGGUGGAGAAGAUGACGCAGAUUACCUGUGUCUUCCGCCGCAUCCAGCUCAGAAUGGAGGAGUACGUCUGUCUGAAGGUCUACAUACUCUUAAACCAAGAAGUUGAGUUGGAGGGUAUUCAGGAGCGGUACGUGCAAGUGUUGCGCAGUUACCUGGAGCACGCUGCUCCGCAUCAUCCAGGACGGUUACAGGAACUCUUCGCCAGGAUACCUGAGAUCCAAGCGGCGGCGAACCUGUUGCUGGAGAGCAAAAUGUUCUAUGUACCUUUCGUGCUCAAUUCGGCGGAGAUCAGAUAGUACAUGGCGCAGCAGGGCGUCUAGUUCUCGAUGUACGAGCGGCUGACUCCCCGCCCGCGCCCGCUCCCCCGCCGCACGCCCGUCUUAUGAUCGCACUCGCCACAUGUGUUCACACGCCGCCACACGCGCCGCCACGCCGCGCCGCCACGCCGAGCACACGCGCGACCGCGCGGCUCCCGCGCACCGCGCUGCACAAGAGUUCGUACAAAUGUUCCUACUCCGGCACCGACAAUAAGUGCGCCCGCCCAGUGCGACAAACAGUGACAGUCAACACAAGUGCGGUACAUUUAUACCUUUGUUGAGUCGAUGAGUGUAUUGGUUUAUUGUUUAGUAGAGGAAUUAAAACGUCCCAUACGACAGACUGAUUUAUUAUUAAAUAGCUAUUACGUAAGGUACCAGGGACUUGAAUGCGUGUUUUAUACGUGGUAGUGUAUACUACAUAGUGUUAAAUAGAAUAAAAUAUAUAUUAUGUUACUAUUUAAAUUUGUCAGUCGGAGAAUCGCAUAAUAUAUUAUUUCUGUAAAUAUAGAGUAAACUUUACAAUAUAGGUAAUUAAGUCGUUGUUUUAGACAGAAUUGUUUCUUGUAAAUGAAAUACUGCUGUUUUAGUUUGCAUUUUAUAUUGUCUAGGAUUAACCAGUAGAUUAAUUACUGGGUGUGUAAUAUUGAGAAUUUCAAUUUAAUUUUAUAUGACUUGUUCGUACAUAAUGUAAGUAGCACUAAGUACCUACUCUCAGUGUUUACCAAGACUGCUUGUAUACAACUGUACUGUUUAUACACUAACAUAGCGGCGCGGUGGCUCGCGCGGUUCUUAUAGUCACAACUUAUGCAUUUUUAUUGCCAAUACUUCGCAUAACACAAUACUUGUUUCGUUCUGAACGUUUCACUUCUCUAUUCUGGUCUAACUAGGUGUAAGAGUGCGCGCACGCGCCGGACCGUCGCUCGCCACGCCGCACCGCCGCGCGUGACGACGACGUCGCCGCGCGCGCCGCCGACUGCUCUCGAUGCAUUUCUAAACUGACGAACGUUAUCUUUAUGUGCGUAGGUGCUUCGGACAUUUAUUGAUCUUAUACUUUGCUUCCUUUGAUGUGUUCAAAUGUAAUUGUGCUCAAUGUACCGUGAUUUUGUUCGGAUAUUCAAAUUUUGUAGUUAUCGUUUAUGUCAUUUCAUAUCGCAUUCGUAUCAUUGAAUUCCUUUCGCGCAUCGUUCCUCUAGUAUAUGUAGAUACACCUUGUACAUACAUUUAAAUAUUUUGUACAUAUUGCGUUAAAUCUCGAUUGCAUAAACUAUUUGAUUGAUUUACACCUAUCUAUAAUUAAUAAAUAAGUGAUUUAAUUGUGGAGUCCUAAUUUUAUUACAAAACAGGUAAACAAGCAUGCAUCACACAAAUCACCAUAUCGAGACAAUGAAAGACACGACAGAAACUAUGAAUUUAUAAUAUAUCAUUAUUACAUGUCAACAUCACAGCAUUAGCCCUCUAGCAUUCCUCUUCAUGCAGUUUUAGGUACAUCCAUCAUUUUCAUGUGUUUACGCACCUAACUCUCCUGAACUACAAUACCUACAUACAUUUAGUAGACGAAGUAAAUAUGACUAACACGACUUACAUCUUAACAUAAAAUAAGGUAUCAAACAAUAAAAGCGUAUCAUUACAUGAUCACAAAAAAAAUCAUACAUAAUGAAUAAACUUACGAAAAGACUUUCAAACCUACUACUGUCAGUAAUCACUGCCUUUCAUCUUCUUAAAAUUUAUUCGCCGUUAUCGUUAAUUAACACUUUGUAUUAAUCGUUAAUGUUAAAAUUUGUAAUAAACGUUCCAUCAACGGUGAACAGUUACCACUAGCUAUAGGGGGCGAUGUAAGCCUUGUUAAAAUUAAGUAAUUACAACCAAAAAGUUCGUUCUAAGGACUUAGGUUCUAGUUAAUUAGAUUUUUUUAUAUCUUAGCUUUCUCACGGUCGACGUCGGCGUAUUCAGAGCAAAUAGUAGCCACAUACCUUCUCACUUAUAAAUAAAUAUUUAAUAAUAUAGACUUCACAACCUGUCAGUGACGAAUAAUGAAACACAAUGAAAAGUCUCGCACGUGAAGGUUGUGGACAGACGAAGUUGACAGCAGAUUGUACUUGCACUCUACAUCGCGUUAAGUAGCUACAGUCGACAUAACAAACAACUUGUAAUAUUAGAUAAUCCUGUUACCUGAAUGAGCGAUACACGUCCGUUCCUCAUCGUGUUACCAUUAGUUAAGUAUUAGCGGUUAAAUGUGUUUUGUACAUUAUAAUUAGUUUGAAUACAACCAGUUACGAUACUGCCAUCAAAUGCCUAAAUAGUUUUCAAUUAAUUUUGUUAUAAUUUACGUACGGUAAUUAAGUUAAUGACGUUGGUGAAAUUAUUAGUUAAUUGUGAUAGAAACAGUGAUAUGAUAUCGGAGUAGGCGCUACGCCUCGCCCGCGCGGUAACUCGUGCGAGCGAGCGUCAAGCGCCGGCGCCGCACGCCGCCCGGUGCGCGCGCGCCUUCACUAAUAUUCGGUCUCACUACGUGAACCCUUCACGUCGAUUGGGUAACUAUAUUUAUUUAUUCAUUUUUAUCUAACUUAAUUAUAAUUAAUUAGUUAUUAACAACACCAUCCGAACGACGGUGUUAAAUCUAAAGUCUGAGGUAAAGAUGCCUUUAUAGAUUUUUAAACGUGUAAUGACGGAAAUCGUAAAUAUAACUAUAAUCGCGAAUCGUGCAUCGUUCUACUAAUAUGUAUGUAAAUGAUAAUGUAUGUAAGUAAUAUUGACACUUAUUUUGUUAGUAUCAUAGCGUAUUGUUAAGGCAAAACUAACGGCAGUGUAUCAAAUGGGAAUUAGAUUUGUAAGAAUGUUAUUGGCGUUGUACAAAGGAUAGUAUUGUUAGUAAUUAAACAAUGAAAUUGGCGCAUUACUGGCGAGUACCUAAUUAGAAUAGUACACGACAGCCCGCUGAGGCUAUACAUUCAUGUAACAUGUAAAUACAAAUGAUGCUUCGACGUGUAAGGCGGCCUCUCGCUUUCGUUGCACUUCCAAAUUAUUUGCGAUUACUGUGAAAUAGGGCUUGUUCGCCUCUUCAUCUAAUUUAAAGGAACUCGUAGUAUAUAAACUUUUGAAUAUCAAAAUUGACUGACCGAUUCAUUGGAAGAAUUACAAAUAAUUUGCUGCUCGCUUUCUGCUUGCUAUUUUAAUUUUUAAUGAGUUUGCAUAACUUUACUACUGUAAGUCCCGGAGACUUGUCGCCCGGGACCGACGGUUACAACCGGCGUCGAACGAUCUUGUGUGUCCGAUACCACCGUGUGUUUAUUUAAUAUACUAGCGUGCACUGUGCAGCGUCCCCGAGAUGCUCUAACCUGCAUAUAAAAAUACCACCAACUAAUUAAGUUCAAUCGUCAAUUAGCACUGUAUCAUUACUAACGGCCCACUGUAGGAUAUGUAAAAUCAAGAAUAUCAUCAUCAUCACAAGACACACAGGCCGGGCCGAUGCCGGUUCGUAGAUAAUACUGCGAAAAUAUUUUGACUGAUAUAGUUAUGUAAUAAACAUAAUAAUGUUAAUAUAUUUAUAAGGGUGUAACAAAAACUUAAUGCAUUUCACGUUUCUUUACAGUCCAUAAGAAAAUAAUUAAUUACGUGUAAAAUAUUGCAUGUAACAUAUUGUGACGAAAUAUUUUCACAUUCGUAGUGUAAGGUUUGUUGUGUAUAAAAAUAGCGUUUCAAGUAUUUCGGGUAAAAGAAGGGUUACAAUUUUGUGUACAUUAGACAUUGUAUUAAAAUAGUUAUGAAAUCGAGUGUAACGCCGCAAGAGAAUAUAUAUUUGGAAACGUUGACGAGUGUUUGUUGUAUGUAUUUCAUGUCACAGAUGGAUAUUUGAACUCUAAGUACAUAGAUAUAUAUUCUACGAGUUAUACUUCAUGUUUUAAUCAAAUAAUAACAGUAAUCAAUUUUGUUACAGUUUCAUGAACAAACACGUUUCGCUUGUCUUUCUAAUUUCAAUGUUUAGAUACAAAUUUUGUGUCCACUUUUACAAUUUUUCAAAAUAGAAUAUAAAUAAACUAAUGAUAAUGGUCGAAGUCACAGAUUGUACUAGUUGUAACUGCGAGUGCCUCACUGGUAGACAGUAGACACGGCGGUGUGUAGCGACUACAUUUUAUUUAUAAGAGUUCAAUGUGAUGAGUAUGCUAUAUUUCACGUAUUUAGUUGGGCUCGCUCAAUACCAAGACUUAUCGCUUUCAGACCUAGCAUACAUUAAGUAUUAUCGAUACAUUAGGGAUCUAUGUUUAUACGUAGCAAAUCACAUUAGUUGCUGAUUGCUGUACUGUUCUCGAUGGAAUAAGGCUGUUGUUAAAAUUCGACCAAGUUAAGAUUAUACAGUGACUGUUAGCAGUACUCAGGAGUUUGUCGUUCGUGUACGUCUCGUUGAGUGGUGCGCCGGCGCCGGCGUAGUCAAUCGAAUGUGUACUGGUUUGCCAAGAGAAGUUACCUACAGUUGUGUUUAGUUAGCGAUGCAUAACGUGUUUGUACUUUAAUUUGUUUUUUAGUUGUACUCUUGGAAAUCAAUGGUUAAUAAUUUAAGAAAAUAAAUUGUAUGUGAAAUAUA